GUUGGUUGCUUUUGAGGGUGUGGCUGUAAAUCUGUCAUGGCUGGUAUUUCAGUGCCUCCUUGUGAUUUGCCUUCAGCUGAUACAGAAACAGCUAAAGAAGGAAAAUAUGAAUACCUGGAUCACACUGCUGAUGUGCAAAUACAUUCUUGGGGAGACACCCUUUCAGAAGCUUUUGAACAAGCUGCGGUUGCCAUGUUUGGGUAUAUGACAGAGAUUGAUAAAGUGAGUCCUUCCUUUAAAGAGACAGUGACAGCUGAAGGUGAUGAUAUCCUUUCGUUGCUCUAUCACUUUCUGGACGAGUGGCUGUUCCUAUUCUCAGCUGAACCUUUCUUCAUACCCCGGUAUAUUAAAAUAACUGAUUUUGAUACUGAAAAUUUUAAGAUUACGUCAGAAGGUUUUGGUGAGGUAUUUGAUCUCAGCAAGCACCCUCAAGGAACUGAAGUGAAGGCCAUUACUUAUUCAAACAUGCAGGUCUUCAGCGAAUCAGAAACUCACGACGUGUACGUGAUUAUUGACAUUUAAAAAAUAGUACUGAUCAUCCAGUUAUAUUUUUAUAAUAAUUAUUAUUAAUUUUAAUACAAACAAUAUGAACUUUAUUGAAGUGUGUGUGUAUGUAUAUCUGAUGUUAGUUCAUCAGUGUCUGUGAAUACAGUGAAUAUGUAUUUAUCACAAACACAUCACUUUACAUCAGACACACACACACACACACACAGUUACAUAGCAUUGGAUAGAUCUGAUAA